AGGCAUACAGUGGUCCAUCGUCGCAAAAAUCUCAGCGCGCUCUACAAAUGCACAUUCCAAGGUCAGUUCUCGGUAAACGCCGAUCAAUAAUCUGCCAACUCUUGUAUCUGUCAUCCCGUCGUCUGUCAGGCCCCAGUUCUGAUAUGCCUUUCUAAGAUACCCAUAUAAAGCUACCGUUCGACGCCAGGUUAUUUCUGCCUUCUGCAACGAGCACAACAAUGUGGGUGCCUCGCCUCUUAAAAGAAACGACGAAGGCGGUCGCACGCCUGCAGCCCACAUGGCACCUUGACACGGCCGCCUACGAAGUGCUCAAGCCCUGGGUCCACGGGGAGAACCUCAGGGCCCUCGACGUGGUUCGUUUUGCACCGCCCGCGGCUAUGGCAGCCGGUGCCGAGCCUCAAUACCUCGACGUCGGUUGUGGGCCGGGAAGCUUUACGAAGGAAACACUGCUGCCCCGAAUGGAACCAGCGUGCCGCCGUAUUGUGGCUGUCGACAGGUGCGACAAAGCCAUACACUACGCUAGAGAGAACUUCAGCCACCGACGCAUAGUGCACGACAUCCUGGACAUUGAAUCCCAUGACGCGACGAGCAUCCUCGAACGAUACGGAGCAUUCGAUCGUGUUUUCUCAUUCCUUACUUUCCACUACGUGGCGGACAUCGCGAUGGCUUACGGCAACAUUUUCAAACUGCUGAAACGUGGAGGCGAGUGCCUGGUGCUCUCCAUCGUUCGAGCCGACGCCAUCGACGUAUGGAACGAGGCAUACCGGAUGGAAGAGUGGAAUCCACUGAUGAUCAAUCCUACAGAGCUGUUUCCAGGAAUGGUGCAUGGUAGCGCAGUCAUGAGAUCAACUGUUCAACUAGAAGCCGACACGAGGAACAGCGUUUAUGCUGCUGGUCUCGAAUGUUUAGCCUACCAAAGGUACAACAGCUGGUGGAUGUUUCGUCGCCUCGAGGAUUACCUUGAUGCCUUCAUGUCGGCAUUCCAAGCAUACGACGGAGUGCCUCCAGAGCAGCAAUCUACUCUCAGGGAUUUAUGGAUCGACUUGCUUCAGAAAAGGACUCAUUCCGUUCUUGGAAAAGAAUGCAGCGUUAGAUACACUUUCAGCAUUGUUCACGCACGAAAGCCACAAAUGUGCGGAGAAACAUAACUAGCGGGCAAUCACGCGGGCAAUCACGCGGGCAAAUAGCGGGCAAUCACGCCAAGUGUUUCAAACUCCUUUUUUAGCCAUAAAUGACUAUCUCGAAAUUUUUCGGAGCCAAGAUAUUCUGUAGAAAAGAGUUGAAUGAUUACAACAUGUGGAAGCAGUUCAGCAAGUGUCUUGUUUCGUAGUGA